AGCCCGUCUAAACCCUUCUGUGUGUGUGUAGAAGUGACACUGUAUCUGUUCAGCACAUUAGAUCUCAAACACAUUCAGUACACGCAAGAGAAGGAGGGCGCUCGCAGAUAUGCAUGCGCAUCAGCAGCUCUCGAUGCACAGGGACCCCCACCUGAUGGGAGAACCCUGCGUUCAGAUCUUUGAGCAGCCAAAACAGAGAGGCAUGCGAUUCAGGUACAAAUGCGAGGGUCGUUCAGCAGGCAGCAUCCCGGGAGAAAAAAGCUCUGACAAUAACAGAACAUAUCCCAGCAUUCAGAUUCUGAAUUUUACCGGGAAAGGAAAAGUGCGUGUUUCCUUGGUGACCAAAAGCGAACCAAACAAACCACAUCCUCAUGACCUGGUGGGUAAAGACUGCAAGGAGGGUUAUUAUGAAGCAGAGUUUGGACCUGAACGUCGGGCCAUUGCUUUCCAAAACCUGGGCAUCCAGUGUGUGCGGAGGAGAGAAGUGAGGGAUGCCAUAAUGCAGAGGAUUGGCCGGGGCAUCAACCCUUUCAAAGUUCCCCGGGAACAGCUGCUGCAGACUGAGGAGUACGACCUCAACGUGGUGCGUCUGUGUUUCCAAGUUUACCUACAAGAUGAGACCGGGCUGUACAACACCGCACUGCCUCCCAUUGUCUCCAACCCCAUCUAUGACAACAGAGCUCCAAACACAGCCGAGCUGAGAAUCUGCCGGGUGAAUAAGAACAGUGGCAGUGUAAAGGGAGGAGAUGAGAUCUUCCUUCUCUGUGAUAAAGUGCAGAAAGAUGACAUUGAAGUGAGGUUCUUCACUCCAACUUGGGAGGCCAAAGGUUCCUUCUCUCAGGCAGAUGUACACAGGCAAGUUGCCAUAGUGUUCAAGUCUCCUCCCUACUUUGACACCAGCAUCACGGCUCCCGUCACAGUCCGCAUGCAGCUGCGCCGUCCAACAGACCAGGAGGUCAGUGAGCCCAUGGAGUUCAGAUACCUGCCUGAUGACACAGAUCCCUAUGGAUGUCAGAAGAAGAAGCGUACAAUUGAAAGUCUGAUGAAAUCCUUCCCCAGCUUCUCCCAUGGAGCCAUAAGCUCGAUAAACAGACCGAAAGCAGUACCUUCAGCCAACAUAAUGCAUCAAAGAAUCAAAACCGAGCCACCAAAUUAUUAUCGUCUGCCCAACCACGCCGUGCCGCGACAAACUCCAACAAGCUAUUAUAACAAAGUCACUCAGUCCCGUCCCAUGAUGCCACCUUUGUCAGAAACCCCAGCUCAAGGUACACUCGGCCAAGCAUGGUCCAGCCAAGUCUUAACCACCGCCGGACCCAGCAACGGAGUUGGCCUACAGCAGGUAAACCCAAGUCCUAAUGUUCCCAGCACAGGGGAAGGUGACAGCAGCCUCCCUCUUUUGACCUCUUUGGAUGUGGAUAUGGAGUUCUUUCAGUCCAACGGACAAGCAGUCAGCCAGCCUCGACAGGACCAGCAGAGCCAACACAACCAGCAGCUCCAACAAACCCAACAGCCUCCUCAGAGACGAGAAAUGGCUCUGCAAGGAAUGGAAGGAACCCCGUCUUGGUUCAAUACGUAUGGAUUCCAACCAUCUCAAAGCACACAGAACGGGGCAACAGGCGCAGGUGGGUCGUUGGGAGUGGGCUACACGUAUACAGAUAGCUUGGAUGAUGAGUUCCUACAAAAUUUAAUGAGCAAUAAUCAACAUAGCCACCAGUUGAAACAGGAAACUAGCACAAUGGCUAUGAUGGGCCCUACCUGCACCCUGUCCUCUGACUGUACACAGUCCUUCACCGCACUGCUGAACUGCCCCAACACCAAUGGAAGCACUCAGGAGGCCAUGAGGCAAAUGGAGACAGGCGUUUCAAGUCAGAGGGGCACACAGGUACUGUACCCAACCAGUGGCAUUGGGCAGGACAGCCAUCUUGAUGUGAACUGGCAGUACUGAAUAGUAAAAUCCGCAGCUCUUCAAUAUUAUUGGAAAAAGGGCGUACAUUUUCAAUAAGUUGAGAUGCAUUGUGAACCGAGAACAUGUUUUAUUAUUAAAUGUAGGCUCUGAUUCAUGAUUACUGAAUGUAGUUUCUGAAGAUCACAUGGAUUGUUUUCCUGGAAUGAGAUUGUUAUACUGUAAGAAGUUUUGAUGAUUUGAGAAGUUUGGGAAGAUUUAUCCACAGACUCUCAAGAAUAUCAAUUUAGUUGUGUUCCUCAAAGUGGGAACUUGCAGGGUUUUUCCCCUGGGUAAUGGCUAUGUCAUUUUAAACAUGCUUCUUAUCCAAGGUUCUCAAACGCACUGUUUAAACAAGUGCAUACUAAGUUUUUGUUGGUAUCUCAGACAUGUCUUUUAAAACGAAUACCAAUGUUUUGUUCUGUUGUUUUAUUCUAUUCAACAUACACUUGUUCUGACUAUCAACUACUAUAGCCUUUUUUUUGUGGUAAUAUUUUUGUAUUUUUUUACAAUUUAAAUUUAUACUACUGAACAUGGAUUUUGUGUUUUUUGAUGUAUUUUUUCCGUGAUGAUUUAUAAAAAAGAAAAAUUGCUGUAGGUGAAACCUUUAGGUUUCCUUCAUUCUGUUAAUAGAUGUAAACAAAAUCUGUUUCACAUUCCAAAUAUCAGAUGAAUAAACUAAUAAAUUUAA